UUAACCACUUCCCGACCGGCCGUUGUAUAUAAACGGCCGGACGGUGGCACGUCUAUAAACGGCCUCCCCGCCGCACCCUGCUUGUGCGCGCUCCCUGGGAGCGCGCAGCACCGCGAUCCCGUGCCCGCUGUGUCCUCCGGACACAGUGAAACACCGAUCGUCGGACGGGACCUCUGUACGAGCCAAUCAGUGAUCACUAUGUGUGAAAUCUGUGAAUGAUCACAGAGGUCACAUGGUACAAGGCUAUUCACAAAAGCCUUGUACCAUGUGACAAGCUGUGACCAAUCACAGCUCAC